UUGCUACUCCUCUCUUUAAAUCACAUGCCCACCUCACUUUCUUUCCUUCAAUGUAAGCAGAGCUUCUUUUGAACUCUCUGACGCCCCUCUCUCAAUCUCCAUGGAUCACUAUCCACCUCUCUUCUCCUUUCUUGCUGUUCUGCUCACCGCAGCAGUGGCAAGCCAUGCAGCUCUGCCGUCAGAAGAUUACUGGCAGAAGAUGCUUCCAAACACUACAAUGCCAGACACCAUACGAGAUCUCUUACACACCGAUGGGAUAAAGGAGAAGUCAGGAACAUCGGUCGAUGUUGGUGUUGGUGUAGGUGUGGGUGUCAGCGUCGGCGUGGGGCCCGGGAAUGGUGGCCCAAGUGUAGACGUAGGGAAGGGUGGGGUCGGUGUGGACGUGGGCCACAAGAGAAAGUCCGUGAUCGUGCGGGUACUUCCAAAGAGCCCAUUUGAUUACACCUACACUGCAUCAGCAGAACAGAUCAACGAUGAUCCCACCGUUGCACUCUUCUUCCUAGAGAAGGACUUGCACCCCGGUAAGCAGAUGAGCUUGUUCUUCACUAAUACAACUCCAGGAGCUGCAUUUCUUCCUCAGCAGGCCGCCAAUUCCAUACCAUUCUCAUCAGACAAAUUGCAAGAGAUCCUACACCACUUCUCAAUCCAGCCCCAGUCGCCCGAAGCCGAUGCAAUGAAGGGCACAAUCCAAAGAUGUGAGGAACCAGCAAUGAAGGGUGAAUCCCAGUGCUGUGCAACAUCACUAGAGUCGAUGAUCGAUUUUGCUACAUCAAUUCUCGGGGCCCAUGUGCAGGUCUUGACGACUACAGUUAGUAAAGCGGCCCCAAAGCAGCGGUACAGUAUCGGAUCGGGUGUGCAGAAGCUGAUGGGACCUGAAUCAGUGACAUGCCAUGGUCAGGCCUAUGUGUAUGCAGUGUACUACUGCCAUGUGACGAGUGCCACGAAGGUUUACGUGGUCCCGUUGAUAGGGGAGGAUGGAACACGAGUCGAUGCGGUUGCAGUGUGCCAUACAGACACGUCGACGUGGAACCCGGGACACGUCGCGUUCCAAAUGCUUAAGGUGAAGCCUGGAUCCGUUCCUAUCUGUCACUUCCUCCCUCUGGAUCACGUAGUUUGGGUCCAAAGCUAGAAGUUGUAGGAGUGGUUUGGUUUUACACUGCUAUAGCUAUAGUAUUAUGCAUGUUAAUUAUGGUUUCUAUGUUUAUUUACUACUUGUCGUCUAUGAUCGAUGUAUAAUAAGUAUAUGUAUGCUAGCAAGGCUGUUGUGGUUGGUGAAUAAGAAGAGUUCUUCAAUCUCUCUUUUGGUA